CCGUCCGUCCGCGCCCGCCCGGCCCCGCGCGCGCCGCCCGCGGCCCGCACCGGCCUUCACUCUGGAGCGGCCCCGGCAGCCGCAGCAGGGGCGGCGGCGGCGCAUCGAGGAGCUCUCCAGGUCGUCCCGGGAGCGGCUGCUGCAGUCCCGGGACAGGAUGUUCUCCAAGUUCACGUCCAUCCUGCAGCACGCCGUGGAGGCGCUUGCGCCUUCUCUUCCUUUACAAGAAGAUUUUGUUUACCACUGGAAGGCGAUCACCCAUUACUACAUCGAGACUUCAGAUGAUAAAGCCCCAGUGACCGACACAAAUAUCCCAUCUCAUCUGGAACAGAUGUUAGAUAUAUUGGUACAAGAAGAAAAUGAACGGGAGUCUGGAGAGACGGGGCCGUGUAUGGAGUAUCUGCUUCAUCACAAGAUCUUGGAAACGUUAUAUACCUUGGGGAAGGCUGAUUGUCCCCCGGGGAUGAAGCAGCAGGUGCUGGUCUUCUACACGAAGCUCCUGGGACGCAUCCGGCAGCCGCUGCUCCCGCACAUCAACGUGCACCGGCCCGUGCAGAAAUUGAUUCGGCUCUGCGGUGAAGUCCUUGCAACACCAACGGAAAAUGAAGAAAUUCAGUUUCUCUGUAUCGUGUGUGCGAAGCUGAAGCAAGAUCCCUACCUGGUUAAUUUUUUUCUGGAGAGUAAGCUGAGGUCCUCGGCGUCCCGGGGCGCACCGGGCAUCGUUCCAGAAGCCCCGGGGCAGGGCCCUGACUGCCCGGCUGAGGAGCCGGCCGGCACCCCGCAGCCGGAGGCCGAGGAGACGCCGGAGGAGCUGUCGGACAGCCUGGAGCAGCUGCACGUCCUCUCGCUGCCCGAGGCCUCAGUGGUACGGCCCAGCCAGGACUACAACCUAGUGAAUUCUCUGCUCAACCUUACCAGGAGCCCCGACGGCCGCAUCGCCGUGAAGGCCUGCGAGGGCCUGAUGCUGCUGGUGAGCCUGCCCGAGCCGGCGGCCGCCAGGUGCCUGACCCAGAGCACCUGCCUGUGUGAGCUGCUCACCGACCGUCUGGCCACCCUCUACCGGGCCCUGCCGCCAGCCAUCGACCCACUGGACAUCGAGACCGUGGAAGCCAUCAACUGGGGCUUGGACUCCUACAGCCACAAAGAAGAUGCUUCCGCGUUCCCCGGGAAACGAGCCUUAAUUUCCUUUCUCUCUUGGUUUGAUUAUUGCGAUCAGCUCAUCAAGGAAGCACAAAAGCCCACCGCUGUUGCCCUGGCCAAAGCCGUUCACGAAAGAUUUUUUAUCGGCGUCAUGGAGCCUCAGUUAAUGCAAACUUCAGAGAUGGGAAUCCUGACGUCCACCGCUCUGCUUCACCGCAUCGUUCGACAAGUGACCUCUGAUGUCCUGCUGCAGGAAACGGUGUUUUUCAUCCUCGGAGAGCAGAGAGAACCGGAAUCGCUGGCAGAAAUUAGCAGACAUCCUUUGCGACAUAGGUUAAUCGAACAUUGCGAUCACAUAUCCGAUGAGAUAAGCAUAAUGACAUUAAGAAUGUUUGAACAUCUUUUACAAAAACCCAACGAGCACAUUCUUUACAACCUGGUCCUAAGAAAUCUUGAAGAAAGAAAUUACACCGAGUAUAAACCCAUGUGCCCGGAAGACAAAGAUGUGGUGGAGAACGGCUUGAUCGCCGGAGCAGUAGAUCUGGAAGAAGACCCAUUAUUUACUGACAUUUCACCAGAUAACACUUUGUCAAACCAAGAAUGGCUUAGUUCUUCACCCCCUGCUACUCCAGACCACCCCAAAAGUGACGGGAAAACGGAAGUCCACAAAAUUGUGAAUAGCUUCCUCUGUCUGGUACCUGACGAAGCCAAGUCUUCUUACCACGUCGAGGGCACGGGUUACGAUACCUACCUCCGAGACGCGCACAGGCAGUUUCGGGACUACUGCGCUAUCUGUUUGCGGUGGGAAUGGCCCGGGGCGCCGAAAGCUUUGGAAAAGUGCAAUUUAGAAGCCUCGUUCUUUGAAGGCCACUUCUUGAAAGUUUUGUUUGACCGAAUGGGAAGAAUUCUUGACCAGCCGUAUGACGUAAACUUACAAGUGACCUCGGUGCUGUCGAGACUCUCCCUCUUCCCUCACCCCCACGUGCACGAGUACCUUCUGGAUCCUUACGUGAACCUUGCUUCCGGCUGCCGUUCUCUCUUCUCCGUGACCGUCCGGGUGGUUGGAGACCUUGUGGUUCGAAUCCAGCGUAUUCAAGAUUUCACGCCCAAACUUUUGGUAGUCAGAAAGCGAUUGCUUGGCUUGGAACCUGAAGGCCCCAUUGUCGACCACAUCACGUUGCUGGAGGGUGUCAUCGUUCUCGAAGAGUUUUGUAAGGAGCUGGCCGCCAUUGCGUUUGUGAAGUAUCACUCUUCCUCCACGCCCUAAACUCUGGUGGAACGUAGCUGUGUCCAUGCCGCAGAAAGGACUCCUCCACCCGGCAGCGAGGAGCAAAGCCUUCCGAAUGAGUGUUGCUGGAAACGGGACAGGAUCGUUCAGAAUCCAUCAAACGGACACAUUGGUAGAGCGUUGUACAGUGCUGUUUACACUGGCUCUUGCAUAAUGCCCUCGAAUCCAGGAUACAAUCAAAGGAACUUCAGGAAACAAGCAUUUCUAGUUGACUGUGCGAAAAGCUGCAAAAUUCCUCAUGUCAUGACUUUGAUGCUAUUUCUGUUAUUUUAAUAUCCUUUUAGGUAACAAGGCAUUUGACAUUCUUUGGGACUCAAAUGGCUUAUAUUCUUUUGGAUGAAUAAGUUGUAAAAAAAAAAAUCCAAAACUAAUUUUAUAUCUUUUUAAGGUUAGAAUUCUUAUCAAACAACAUGAAAAAAGUGCAAAUGAAAAAAAAUGUUGAGGAACCAUCAAGCGAGUGUGUGAAUAAUAGGGUAGGAUGUACAGAGUACCAUUAACAUUCUUCAGCUUUUCUAAGAAUAACAAUUUAAUAUGAUAAACUCUUGAUUCAUAUGAUUAUAUAUAUAUAUAUUUUUAAAAGAAACAUUUUUCUUUCACUCUUUUGCACACAGCCAUCUUAGUGCUUGAUUUUCCUGUCUGAAAAUCAAGUUUCAGUUAGACUGUCGGUUUAGACUGUCAUUUUUGCAACAACGUUGAAUCGUGUUCAUCAUAGCGUUGGCUGGAGUAGUAUAUUUUUUUAAAAAGCUGAUUGAUUGACACAUUGGGUUGAGAGCCUUCUCUCCCUGCUCCCUCUGAAUAUUGCUUUAAAUUUAAUAUUGAUUUUUAAUUGAUCUGCAGGGGAAUACUCCUGAGCAAUGAUCACCGCCAAUGCCCUUCUUAGUGUUGACUGUUUCGUUUUUACUCAGUCCUUUAUUUUAAAUUAUUUUAAAGCAAUUUAAAGAAGAGAAAAAGAGCAAACAGGUUUACACAUUAGCACGUUCGGAUCCACGGGGUUCGUGUGGGAGUGGUCAGUGUGGGGGUGCCGUGGCUGGGAGCCACGGCCAGCUCUGUGUACUUGAUUUCCAGACCAUGUAAGGGCUCGCUGGCCCCUUUCUCCAGGUCGCCGCUGUAAAGGUCUCCCCUCCUGUGUCACCCCCCCCCCCCACCCUCUCCCUUCUCUUCCCUCUCCUCCUUCCUUGAAAUCUCCACCUGCCACAUCUUACUCUUCCUCUGUCCUGCUGACGGCCGGGGUGGGAGUGAGUCUCCCACCCUGAAAGGCUCCAUCUGUCGGCUGCCCUUGGAGAAGUGGGUUUCCAUGGCACGUUUGCCUGGUUUGCACCGUGGGGCAUGCGUGCAGGAGUGUGCGCUGCCCCGCGGGCCGCUGACUCUGUGGCACCCCUUUCCUGACUUACGUUAGAGUUAGACAGUGAACAUCCCCGUCUCUAGAAUGCUCCCCACUGUCGUUAAAACAUUUCAGUUUUGUGAAAGUCUUUGUUAGCGUGUUCUAGGAAAUUCAUUUAGCAGCAAGAUGGGAGAAGCCAGUGGGAGCUCAUGUGUGCAUUCUUCUGGAAUGAUCUCUGGGAGAGGCCGAGCCUUCAGUUUACCAUAUUUAUUGAUCCCCUCUGCACGGACCACUCCGGCCUCUGUAUUUCUGCUGAGAAGACGAUAUUAAGAGAGCGUAGGCAUUUCUUCAUGUCUUCUGUCUUCAAUAGAUGUGAUAGUAAUGAUGUUACCUCUCAAGCCAAUACAAGUUUAUCCUGAAUUUCACAAUGGAACCGUCUAGCUAAUCCACAGGCUCAGAAAAGCUUUAAUUUUGUGUGUAUGAAUGCUGCUUCUUAAGACAUAAUUAUAUUCCUAAGUUAUUGUGAUGACUCUGGUUUGCAAUCAGAAAAAUUUAAGGGAUAAUUUGUUUCUUUUUGAAGUUCUUGAUUUUGUUUUUUCAUAUUUAGUUUAGAGCUAGAGCUGGCCUAUCUCACAGGGGAGUUGAAUUUGUUAGGGAAACAUCGUACUACUUUACUAGUCUUUUUUUUUUUUUUUGAAUAUUCAGUGCUCACAAAAUAGCAACUAACGGCCCAGUGGAAAGUAUCACCUUAUCACUUGAUUGCCAGAGCAAAUUCCAAACUGAAUGUUAGCUUUGCUUCACAUAGGUGUUAAUAGGUAUGCUUUAAAAAAAUUAAAAAAGAAAAAAAGAACAAGCAAACAAAAAAAUCCCAUUUUUCUCCAGCAAUGUAGUCAUAUUUGUUUGUUUGUUUGUUUUUGUUUUUUUUAGUAAUGAGCCACGAUCUUUACUUGAUAGAAUUCAGAUUUGUCCUUGGCCAGCUGUCCCGUAGCACUCACCUCAUCACCGUGUAAUGUUCUCAUAAUGUAGCUGUGCAAUAUGGAAGCUAUGAAGGGGUUCAUAGCUUUUUGGUUCAAUUGUAUAUUAUUGUGUGUAUACAUGUGUACAUAUGUACAUAUAUAUCUAUCUAUAAAAGGACCAAAAUCCUUGGCUUGCUUACACUAUUGCUAGUGUAAAGAUUAUGACACUAAUUUUACGGGGCACAAAUUAUGGAACUACUUCAUAAUUCAUGGCAGCCUAUUUCCAUAAAUUAUUGCAUUCAGAUACAGUUGCCAUUUAAUGAUGAAGUGGAUGGAUAUUGACAGGAGUGUUUUGUCUGUACAAUGAAGUGCUGAAACCACAAAUUAUCCGGUAAUUCUGUUUUGGGUUAUAUAGUUGAUCAGAAUAUGCAUGGCAUUGUAACACUGUGGAAACCUGAUAGGUCAUCAUACUUCUGGGCCCUGUAAAAUAGUGUUUCUGUAAUAUUCUGUUUUGCCUCCUGCCUUGUUUACAUUAAACAAAGGGUAUUGGUAAAUUUUUCUAUUGACUGUGCUGUAGCUUACUGACAGUGUUAUUAAGGCCUGGGCUCUUGGGCCAUCUAGGAAGACACUCUUGAUCUACAGAUGGCAGUUAUACCUACUCUGUCUUCAAGGAGGUUGUGAUCAAGUUCAGUUUUUUGUGCUAGCAGUGCAUGCUGAAGGAUAAUCUCAAAAUAAAUAAUGUCAUUUAAACAA